CUCAUCCCACUGCGGCACACAAUCCUGCUUCUUACAUUUCCGCCGACGCAGAACAUCGUUUACUCUUCUCGUCAAACAAUCCACAUCGCGUAGAUGCAGUCGCAUAUGUUUGAGGUCGCCUGCUCAGAGCAAACGACCGGUGUCUAUUUCUAGCGAAAAUGCGUACCUAUUCUUACAAGACCUGUCAACGCCACUGUCUUCGCUUUCGUCGUAGCGCCUAGCUACCGUACCUUCCGCAUCUUGCGCGGAUGAAAAGUAAAAGAUUGAUUACAUACAAAACACCACACACACUACUACGCUGACUCGAAUUUCCCUGGCCGUGCGACGGACAAAAUGGCCAAACAAAACGCUAUUCGUUGUCUGGUGGACGAUACAGCCUUGACUAGAAACAUUGCAGAGAUCGAGAGUUGGGUGGCACAAGGCAAGAUUUGUCUCGUUGUGCCUCUUUACACGAUUGGCCGUCUCCAUGUCCUCAAGAAGGAUCCUUCUCAGAUCGGCGUGAACGCGCGCAAGGCUGUUAAAUUUCUAGAUCGCAGUACUUCAUCUCGAGACGAUCUCGCCUACGAUCCAGUCACUUUGCAAGGCCCCGACGAGGAGUAUUCAACCUGGGCUGAGGUGGAGGCACACUACUUGAACGAUGACUUGAAGAAAGCGGGCGAAAAUGAGGAGGCGCUUACGGUUCCUCUGGAGUACAAGAAGGGAGGGAGCGCGCUUGAUCUGACCGCGAAGGGCACUGCGGGUGCUGCAAAUGCCCUUUCGCAGGUCCUGUUAGACAAGCUCAACUUUUCGAAAGACCCUACAGCGACCUCGCCUGCGUCCACACCACCUCUGUCUCCUGCCUCGUCAGGACUGCAAAGCUCAAAGACUAGCCCUGAGAUUAAAUCAGCCACUAUGAUCAAACAUGACCAAACACCGGUUCCUCCCUCACUCAAACCGCUGCUCAACUCUGUGGUAUGGUACCUGCACGAGAGAAACACUCCCUUGGAGGACCACCUGGUUUUCCUCACCAACUCAGCAGACACCAUGCACUUAGCCCGCGACUUUGGUGUUCCGACCAAAAACAUCCAUCAACUGCGCCGUGCUCUUGGCAUUGAAGAUACGGAAGAGAAACUACAGGACAAUAACAAAAAAGAGCCGACCAAGAAAGCGUCGCCAGGAGAGCCAAAAACCUUGUUCAGUUACCACGAUGUCGAGAGUGACGACGAAGAAGUUGUCUUCAAACCUCGGGGUCGAGGCUCCAGUCGAGGAGGACAGCCUACCCGUGCUGCAGCCAUCGUGAACGGGAGAGGAAAGGGUGCGCAUGGUCGUUCUCCACGAGCUUCUUUCAGCACUCAGGUCCAGCCAUCUCAAAACAAGCCUCAGAUUCCCGUCGAGGAAAUCGAUCCUGAUUCUUUCGACCGGGGCAGUUUUGGUAGGGGCAGCAUACCACUCGCCAAUGUCGGUGGCGCUCAGCCCAACCUCAACUUCAACGGCGGGCGUGCACCCGGAUAUCGUGGGAACCAUGGCCUGACUGCAGGUCGGGGAGCAAACUUCAGUCGUGGUUAUGGCCGCGGCGUUGAGCGAGGUUCGGCCCGCGGAAGAGGUCGACUGUUCGUCCCUUGAGCAUUGUCGGUAUCUGUCGCUGGUAUUGGCCAUGCGACAGCAUAGCAAAAACGACUUACUUCGGAGGCAAAUUGCCAUUCCUACAGCAUCAAUGCGUCAAGACAUGAUAGUCUCAAAAAUGGGUGGCGAAUCGCGUAACUCAUUGACAUUCAAUGUCCUGGGAUGGACCACAACAGGCGAAAAGGCUACAUCCUUGCCAUAGAGUUCUGCAGGCGUCGAUUACCUAUUGUUGCGUACUAAUGCAUCUUCGUUCGGCAACUAUUUCGCACAGAUCGCAUGAUGAAUGGACAGCUUGAAAUAAAGCUUGAGGUUGACAUUCGAGGAGACUCGAGGACGACUUGCGAUGAUUGAGGAAGGACAAGGGGAUUGAUAAAUUGGAUUCAUUCAGGUGCAAGCCGUGUCGAUAUUCACUCAGCUGAGUUAUCACUGGUCACCUUUCUUGUCUUGGGCAAGAUUUCACUCGUUUAGCAACAUCAUUGGGUUUUUGUGAUGCCACACUGAACCAUUCAGGUGGUAGGGCGUGGGCUCCGUUUUGAUCUUAUGCUCAGGUCAGUUCGAGUAUUGCAAGGAGCACAGCCUUGUGGGUUACUCACUCUGACUGGGAUAUCAGAGGCCAGACUUGCCUUCGCCAGCCAUUCAUUACAAGUAUUGUAACGUUUUGCAAUGACAGGUUAUUGGAUACG